UCUUAUCUCGCGAGAUUUGCUUGACCAAUUGCAGCGCAGCAGCGCCAAGUCAAAUUGAAAAGGUUUUUCCACAAAAAGGCAAGCGACGUGUUUUGCUGAAGUUGUGCUGCUUUGCAGGGACGUUUUCAUCGUAGUGGACGACAGAAAGCUACAGUAGGAGAUCUCCACUGGUUAAACUUGAGGUCCCACAAUGGACAACGUCGCAGUUCCAAGACGGAACUUCAAAAAAGGAAACAAGGAAAAUGCUCAGCCGGCAUAUGGAAACAAGUCCUUCAUCAGAAGUGACAAAACGUCGGCUGUUCCCUUUCAACUGAAAAGCAACAAAAAAGAGGGAACCGUGGCAAAAAAUGGUCCUCUUAAAGCCAAGGUUAAACAAGGGGACACAAGAUCUACAUCUGGUGAGGCUCUGAAAAAGAUCAAGAUUGUGCAGAGAGAUGGAAAAGAAGCCGCUGCUACUGAUGUCAAACAGCGGCAAACACACAGCCAGGCCUUCCUCUCCGAACAGGCUAUGCAAGACAAAAAAAUGAUUACAGAAGUUCCAAUGCCACCAGCUGCUGUGCCAUCAUCAAAAUCUGCUCUGGGCUUGUACAAAGGCAAGAUUGUCAAGUCUAAGAUUGGAUCCAUUUGGAAGUCAAGUGCCACUGUUGGCGAGGCAGACCCCAAACCUUCAGCACCCAAACCAGAGAGCCAGAGGGUUGGAAAUGUGUCAAAAAUCAGGUCCAAAUCAGUUGCUGACCUUCCUGGGAAUGGUACACAAAAACCUGCACAAACAAGGUCUAAGUCAGUGUUAGACAGACCUGCUCAGGUGUCCAAGCCUGCAGUCACCAGCCGUCCUCCUGCUGGAUUUUACUCUGCUCACCCUCCUGCCAGAACCGUUCCUGCAACACUAAGCAAUACCAGCUCCAGAAACACUAAUGUGACUUUCAGUAAGAGGAAUGGGACUCAAACCUCAAAGCCCAAGAUUCCAGUGACAGACAAGAAGGUCAAUAAACCUUCUGUUUCAAGCAGCCAAAGCCAAUACAGAUUUACCAUGGAGACUGCAGAGGAAAGAAGAGCAAAACUGGCAGAGUGGCUUUCUUCCAAGGGCAAGACUUUAAAGAGACCAGCCAUGACAACAGCAGCACCUUUAAAAACCAAAGUCUCUGUAAAACCUGUAACUGAUCUCAAACCACAGCCUCGGCCAGCUACACGAGACAACCCUGUGCCCAGCGUGCAAGCACACGAGCCAGACUUGGCUGCUGCUGCUCAGUGUGCAGAUCCACAGGAAGCAGAGUCAGCACGCAGCCUGACUCCAGUGAUUAUGAACACCACCCUGGAUCUGCUGGAAAACUCUGAUGCAGAUCCACCUGUUGAUCCACAGGAUGGAGUGCAGGAUAUUGUUGUGAACCUUUGUGAUGCUUUGGAGGCCAUGACAACACCCUCAAGAUGCAAUGAUGAACUUUCACAGGACACAGAUGUGUGCAAUGAUGGUGAAGUGGAGGACAGCGAACCAAGUGAUGAAUGUGAAAAGGAAGAACUGAAGAAUGAAGAUGUCAGCAAGCAGCCGAAGGUCGAGCAAGUGAAAGAUGAAGAAGAAAGUGAUGAAAGUUAUGAAAUGGAGACGGACGAUGACGAGGCACACAGUGAUGAGUGUGUGACUGAGACCACACCACAGACGGAGGAUGCUUCAUUAGUAAAGUACAGUGUGAAGACCACUCCAUACCUACAAAGUGUCAAGAAGACAAUUGAAGAUGAUGUCGGCACAACUGCAUCCAAGAGAAAGGGCAGCAUCAAAGAUCUUAAGUUUCUGACACCAGUGCGCCGUUCCUGCCGCAUCCAGCGCAAAUCCUCCCACCUGCCGACCAUGUUGCUCGAUCACGAUCCCUGUGUGUCGUCGCUGGCCGAGCUGGUGAAGAUGGAUGACAAUCCUAACGCCUACAUCUAUAGGAAAAAUCCUGCACUUCUGGAAGAUCUGCCAGAUGAGCCCAGUGUGUGAGGAGCUCUGUAUAGGUCUGCUGUUUUUAGAAGGAAAAAAAAACAACUCAAGAAAUGUAUGGGACUGGAGCUAAAAGACACUUUGUACUAAUGGUUUCACUGAGCUGAAUAUAUCUGAGCAAAUCAUUUUAAUGGUCAUUUAAGCUGUUUUAAUCAUUAAUUCCUGCCUUUUUCUUUUCUGAAUGUAUUUUAGGCUUGUUGAAACAGUAUCUUAGGCUAACACUACUGCUCCUUUUAAUACAAAGUUGAAAAUUAUUACCUGUACAAUAAAAGAAUAUUGCCUUAUAGUUGUGCAUUGAUACUGGAGUUGAUUAAAACAAGUCCUGAAUGCGUCUUUAUCAUAAAGUCCACAUAGUGUCCAUAAGACAAGACUGGUGACACAAUGUCUGGAUGCCAUAACCUCCCAUUAAUAAUCUCAAGCUCAUCCUGGGAGUACAUUGGUUGAAUCAAUGCAAUGCAAAUAAAUAAUUCUCAGUAA